AUGGAACCUAGGAAAAUCCAUGAAGAUGAAGAUGACAGAUACGAGGAAGGAGAUGAUCUUCCAUCAGAUUUUGCAACCAUAUUCGAGGCUCUAUUCCCCCAACUUGUUUAUGUUGAGGUUUUGGAGUUGCCAUAUGAUGAAAAUAUUUAUGUGAUUGAUUGUGAGAUUGGUGAGGAGUUGGUCAACGUUGAAAAUUUUAGUGUGCAUGAUGAACCAGUGGAUGAAAAGCAACCAUGCUAUGCUAUUGAAAUUUAUGAUGAUCCAUUAAAAGAAGCAGAGGUUGGGAAAAUAAAGAUUGAUUUAACAAGGGCUGAACCAGUGGUUGGUAUGGAUUUUGAUGGUGGUUUUGAAGCAGACUUACCUGAAGUACAUGCUGGACAAACUGAUGUGGAACCAGAGCACGCAAAGUACUCUGAACCAUAUAUUGAACCAGAGCAAACUGAACCUGUGGUGUAG